AUGGGCAAAAAAUCAAAGUCAUCCUCCAAGACGGAGGAGAAGACCAGCAAGCCCGCUGCCACUCUUCCCUUUGGUGGUGCAUCUCUGGACCCAACAUUAUCCUCGCUUUUUGCGCAAAGUGCUGGUCCUGUGAAAGCCCCCGUGAUCAAGUAUGUCGAGCCCAUCCAACGGGCGAAAAAGGACGAAGAUGAUGCUGUUGAAGAGGAGGACCUAUCAUCUGCCUCAGACGAUGAAGUAAUGGAGGAUGGCGCCGAAGAAGAUGAUUCUGAGGCUGUAGAGGAAGAAGAACAACCUACCGAUACCCAGAACCGGAAACGCAAGCGUGGCAGUGCCGGUGAGGAUGUCGAGGAGACAUAUAUGCGUCGCAUUGCAAAGGAGGAGGAGAAGGACGAGGAAAAGAGGAAGGCCGAGCACGCAAAACGCCAAAAGCAGACUGAACAAGAAAGCACCAAAGAUGACGAAGGCGAGGACUCCGACAAAGCAUCGGCAUCAGAAGACAGCGAUGCAGAGGAGACCGCUCCUGCACCUGUGCACGAGAGCUUGACUGGUGCCGCCAAGGCCGAUGAAGUUGAGAAGUCUAACCGCACUGUCUUCCUGGGCAAUGUCUCCACCGAGGCUAUCAAGUCCAAGACCGCCAAGAAGACACUCCUCCGGCACCUGGCCUCCUUCUGCUCAUCACUUCCUGAAUCCACUGGCCCGCACAAGAUCGAGUCGAUCCGUUUCCGCUCUACUGCGUUCGCCAGUGGUGGUGCUAUUCCCAAGCGUGCUUCCUUCGCCAAGCGCGAGAUUCUCGAUGAAACCACGCCCAGCACCAACGCAUACGCCGUCUACACCACUCCCCACGCCGCACGCAAGGCCCCCGCCGCCUUGAACGGUACGAUGGUUUUGGAUCGCCAUUUGCGAGUUGAUAGCCUUGCUCACCCCGCAGAAAUCGACCACAAGCGCUGUGUCUUUGUCGGCAACCUGUCUUUCAUUGACAGUGAGACUCCCGAGGAGGAUGAGAAGACUGGCAAGAAGAAGAAGGCUCGCGCUCCCGCCGACAUUGAGGAGGGUCUCUGGCGGAUUUUCAAUGCCCACACUGGAGGCAAGGACAAGAAGGCCAUCAAGAAGAACGUCGAGUUCGUGCGCGUGAUUCGUGACAGCACUACUCGUGUUGGCAAAGGAUUUGCCUAUGUCCAGUUCUAUGAUGGCAAUGGUGUUGAGGAAGCCCUUCCGCUCAAUGGAAAGAACUUCCCACCCAUGCUUCCCCGUAAGCUGCGUGUCACACGGGCCCGCAAGAUCACCAAGAAGCGCGAACCCUCCGGCCCUGAAAACAAAAAGGCUCGUAUAGACGAGGCUCAGAAGACCAUGCAAGGACGUGCUACUAGGCUACUGGGCCGGGCAGGUGCGGCCAAGGUUAAGGCCGAUGCCAACAGCACCAUUGCUGGCAACUCGUUCGUGUUUGAGGGUCACCGUGCUACUGAAGGAUCAUCAUCCAUCAAAAUGAAGCAAAAGAGCCGUGGCUCGAAGGCCAAGCGAGAGAGCCGAAGCAGCAAGCGGGCUGCCGCAUACAAAGCUGCGGGUGGCAGAAGGGGCUGA